AUGGACGUGGAACAAGGCUUGCCUGCUGAAGAGCUUCUGGCAAACAACACUGUUCAUAGUGUCUCAUGGCGCGAUGUUACCGUCACUGUCCGAGAACGGAAAACUCGGCAGCCAAAAGUCCUUCUUCACCGUGUGGAAGGCUCUGUGCAGGCUGGUGCUGACAUGACCGGUAAAAAAGGAGAAUGCUGUGCCUUGAUUGGGCCUUCAGGCAGUGGCAAGACAACCUUGUUGAAAGUCCUGGCUCGUCGGCCAAAUCACGCCGUCAGUGUGCAAGGCAGCGUUCUCGUCAAUGGUCGCGCCUUGUCGCAGACCAAUUUUCGCCAUAUCAGUGCCUUUGUCGAGCAGCGCGAGGUGCUGACAGGUGGAUUGAGUGUUGCAGAGAGUCUGCUAACGAAUCUACGCCUAGCCAAGUCAACACCAAAGAAAGAAGCUAUGCGCCGGAUAGACACACUGCUUCAGUCUAUUGGUCUAGUUGAGCAGAAGAAUGCAGUCAUUGCCACUCCAAUCCAUCAAGGUAUAUCCGAUGGCCAGAAACGUCGCGUCAUGAUUGCGAGGCAGUUGGUAGCAGCACCAAAAGUGCUGUUCCUCGACGAGCCUACCACGGGCCUGGACUCUGCUGCGAGUUUCGAGGUGCCAUCCGCGGCAACUUUUAACCUUUUCCAAAAGCUACUGGUGCUGUCCGCUGGCAAACCACACUACUUUGGUGCUGUGGAGGAGGUGGCUGAGUACUAUCAAAAACUCGGCGUUGACAUACCAAUUGCGAUGAAUAUACCAGAGUUCGUCCUUGGCUUGAUCAAUACUGACUUUGUCCAAGAUAGAGCAGUUGCCAAUCGUCGACUUGAUGAGCUUCAAGCUUCCUGGGCCAACUCUGCCGCUGCCAAGGAACUGCACGAAGCGGUAUUGCGUGCCGAGUGUGUAACAGAACCUUUGGUCAUCGAGGCAAGCCAUCGGCCAAGCCUGUAUCAGCGAGCUCGGAUCCUGAUUGUACGGAAUUUGAUAAAGUCAUACCGUGACCCGAUGGCUUACGGGAUUCGCUUGCUAUUCUCAAUAUCAUUUGCGUUGCUGACAGGAACGGUGUGGCUACACUUGGAUCAUAGCCAGGAAUCCAUACAGGCACUGCUCAGCGAGCUCUGCUUUAUCCCGUGUUUUAUGUCCCUCUCGGCAAUCAUCUACGCGCCGGCAUUCAUCGAAGACCAUGACCAGUUUGUACUAGACUUUCGCAACGGCCUGUACGGUCCUACCGAGUUCUUGGUGGCCAACUUUGUUGUCAGCAUACCAUACACGCUGCUCCUGAGCUUCCUGUUCGCCAUUAUCUGCUAUUGGCUAUCAAAUCUAUCUUCUACAUCAGUAGCCUUCUGGACCUGGUACUUGUGGAUCUUUCUCACCUCAUUUGCUGCCGAGGCACUCAUAGUCUUUGUGGUCUCGGUGUUCCCAAACUUUAUGUUUUCCAUCGCCUUGGCCUCGUUUCUAAACAGUCUUUGGCUCUGCACACAGGGGUUUCUCAUACCAUAUUCCGAGCUGAAUAGCUUUUACAAAUAUGCAUUCCACUAUUGGAACUAUCUUGCUUAUUCAUUCCAGGGGCUGAUGCACAGUCAACUUGUCGGGGCAGUCUACGAUUGCGGUCAAGGCUGCCACUGCAUAUACGGCUCAGCUGUCGCAGACCAAUGUCACAUCAGUGGUGAAGCCAUUUUGGAUUUGUACGGAUACAAGGAGGGCGGACGGUUUGGCAGAGACAUCGGGAUUGUCAUUGCCAUUACGGUUGGUUAUCGACUGAUCUCGUGGGUUAUAUUAAGAGUCAAACAUUAG